AUGAUUAAUAUAAAGAAAUUUGCAAGCAUAACAAUUCAUAUAGGUCAUUUCGCAACAAAAGUGUGCCCAUCGUCAAGUUUUGUAACUGGUUCCGUUGAUGGUCGAAAUCCAAACAAUCAUCCUGUACAUCGUUUCAUUGCGGAUAAACUCAACUUCUCCAUUAAUACCGAUGAUCCAACACUGACAGAAAGAUGGGAUUUACAAGAAGCUAAAUAUUGUAUUGAAGAAUUAGGCAUAGCACCUAAUCAAUUGAAUAUUGCCAAUUACAAUGCAGCUAUGGCAGCGUUCGUUACCAGUGCUGAACGGGAACUUUUAAUAUCACAUAUAAAAAUUCGAUCAAAAAAUAGAAUAAUCAAAGUUUAAUUAAAAACAAAAUCACUAUUCUGCUCAAACACACAAAGUGAAUCACGUUUCAAUCUCAAAUAUCAUAUUCUUUCUAUAUGCACUUUCUUCUCAAUAGAAAAACGACAUUACUUCACCGAUUAGAAAAUAAUUUACGAAUAGAUUAUUGAAAGAAGCAUACUUUUUUAUUAGCUCUUAUUCACAAAGUCUCAUUUCAUAUUCUAACUUGUGAUUAUAACUUUUGUUUACUAAUUUAAUUCUAAAACAUUCCAUUCUAAUAUAUUAUUUUUCAUAAGAAUCUAUUUUGUCUGAUCAGAACAAGUUUGAAC